UGGCUCUUGGACAAGGAGCACCGCGCCGCCAUGACCAACGCCACCAGGGUGGCCUGCGCCCUCGCGCUCCUCGCCGCCGUCGUCUACUGCCUCUCCGGCGAGACCGCCGCCGCCCAGAUUAAGAAGAGGCAGGUGUACCGCGGCUUCCACCAGGGCCCCGCCGUGCCCGUGCAGCUCACCAGGAAGCUCAGCGAGGAGGAGAAGGAGGCCUUCCGCGCCGCCAAGCGCGCCCACCAGGCCGAGCAGAAGAUCCCCGGGCGCGCGGGCAUCGACUACCCCGCCUACCACGAGGUCCCCGCCACGCACUUCUCGUGCCACGACGUGCCCGUCGUCCCCGGCAUGUACGCCAACGAGGAGACCGGCUGCCAGGCUUACCACGUCUGCCACGACGGCCGCGAGGGCGACCAGGGCGCGUCCUUCCUGUGCCCCAACGGCACCCUCUUCAACCAGUACGACUUCAACUGCGACUGGUGGUACAACGUGGACUGCAGGCAGGCCCGCAGCUUGUGGAGCUACAACGCCGACCCCGACAAGAACCCGUACUACCCGAAGCCCAAGACCCCCGAGCAGAUCGCCGACAUCGAGGCCGGAGCAUACGCCGCCGCCGUCCAGGAGUCCGGGCGCUACCAGGAGCAGGCCGAGAAGUACCAGCAGUACCAGCAGUACCAGCACGCCGCCUUCUAAGCCCGACACCACUGCGUUUUCGACAGAGUUACUCUCACGACGCGUCAUUACUUUUUGAAAAACAUUUCGGCCCGACGAACCUAGAGAUCCGACCCAACCGGGGGGAUCCUGACGACCUCACGAGCUUGUAGAUAGUGUAUUUAAUUUAUUGAGUGCGUGUGUGUGUGUUGAUGAACUUUUGAUAACGGGGACUAUACCUCGAAAAUGAAGAAAUUCUAAAUAUGCGACUUGGACAUGAUUUAAAUAAAAUACAAAACAAGUAUUUUCACA